GAGGCUGGCCCGGGCCCCGCCCCUCGGGGCGGCUCUGCGCAUGCUCGGCAGUGCAGGCGGCAGAGCGGGCGGCGGGGACCUGGAGACCCCCGAGGGAUGGAAGCGCCGGCGCCGGCAGAGGCGGCGGGAUGCGAGGAGCUCGAUAUGGACGUGAUGAGGCCCUUAAUAAACGAGCAGAAUUUCGAUGGGACGUCGGACGAAGAGCAGGAACAGACACUCCUGCCUGUGCAGAAGCACUACCAGCUGGAUGGGCAGCAUGGAAUUUCAUUCAUGCAGACUCUGAUGCACCUGCUUAAGGGGAACAUCGGGACUGGCCUUUUGGGGCUCCCCUUGGCGAUCAAGAAUGCCGGCAUUGUGCUUGGACCAAUCAGCCUUGUGUUUAUAGGAAUUAUUUCCGUCCACUGUAUGCACAUAUUGGUACGUUGCAGUCACUUUCUAUGUCAGAGGUUUAAGAAGUCAACGUUGGGGUACAGUGACACUGUGAGUUUUGCCAUGGAGGCCAGCCCGUGGAGUUUCCUUCAGAGGCAGGCUGCGUGGGGGCGGAGCGUGGUCGACUUCUUUCUGGUGAUAACACAACUGGGAUUCUGCAGCGUCUAUAUCGUCUUCUUAGCUGAAAAUGUGAAACAGGUUCAUGAAGGACUCCUGGAGAGCACAGCGUUGGUUUCCAACAGCACAGAUCCAUCUCAGGCAUGUGAGAGAAGAAGUGUAGACCUCAGGGUCUAUAUGCUCUGCUUUCUCCCGUUUAUAAUUCUUUUGGUCUUCAUUCGUGAGCUGAAGAAUCUCUUCAUACUUUCGUUCCUUGCCAACAUUUCCAUGGCUGCCAGUCUUGUGAUAAUUUACCAGUAUGUUGUUAGAAACAUGCCAGAUCCCCACAACCUUCCAAUUGUGGCCGGUUGGAAGAAAUACCCACUGUUUUUUGGUACUGCUGUGUUUGCUUUUGAAGGCAUAGGAGUGGUGCUUCCACUGGAAAACCAGAUGAAGGAGUCUAAACGCUUCCCUCAGGCGCUGAACAUCGGCAUGGCGGUUGUCACAGUGCUUUACGUCAGCCUGGCCACUUUAGGUUACAUGUGCUUCCGUGAUGAGAUCAAAGGCAGCAUUACACUGAAUCUUCCCCAGGACACGUGGUUGUAUCAGUCAGUGAAAAUUCUGUAUUCCUUUGGCAUUUUCGUGACCUAUUCAAUUCAGUUCUAUGUUCCAGCAGAGAUCAUUAUCCCUGGAGUCACUGCCAGACUUCAUGGCAAAUGGAAGCGCAUCUGUGAAUUUGGGAUACGGUCCUUCUUGGUUAGUAUCACUUGUGCUGGGGCGGUUCUCAUUCCUCGCCUAGACAUCGUGAUCUCCUUCGUUGGGGCUGUAAGCAGCAGCACCCUUGCCCUGAUCUUGCCCCCCAUCGUGGAAAUCCUUACAUUUUCUAAGGAACACUACAACAUAUGGAUGAUCCUGAAAAACAUUUCCAUAGCAUUCACUGGAGUCGUCGGCUUCUUGUUGGGCACAUACGUCACUGUUGAAGAAAUUAUUUAUCCAACUACAGUAGCUGUAGCUGGUACCCCACAGAGUCUUUCUCUGAAUGUGAACUCUACAUGCUUAGCACCUGGUUUGAAAUAGUGGAAGAGCUGUGAGCCUUCUGUUAUCAUCCCAAUUCUAACAGCAAUUAAGAACCAGUCCAGUGUAUCACCCACCUUACACCUAAACAUGGUGCCAGACUCUUGUUUUUGUUGGCACAGUAUUGAAAUUGGAUUGUGAACGGGUCAUCUUUUGCAGCUGUGGUAAACUAUGGCAGAUUCUUGCUUUUAUCUAAGGACAAUGAAAAAUUUUAAAUUAGCCUUGAAAAUUGAAAAAAACUAAAACCAAAACCUAAACAAUAAGCAUACCCUGUUAUUCUUUGUUUCUGUAAGAAACACUUUGAAUAAGAAUUAUCUUUCUUACCACUAUUGAGAAGAUAAAGGAAUUCAACAUUGUGGAAAUUAAAUAGGGUCAUAGUUAACAAAAUCUUUCUGGAACAUCCCGUAAUAGCAAAGUAAGCCUUCUUUUUGAAAAUGUACCAAUUUCUGACAGGCUCUACAGACAGCCGGACUGCAUAGUCACCGGGAAGCACCAAACAGGGUUUUCACCUCCUGUUUCCACUGUAGGUGGAAAGGCCAUUGAAGUUUCUGGAAUACUGCUCCUUUAGUUACUGUCUUAGUUAGGUUCCUAUUGCUAUGAUACAGCACCAGGACCAAA